AAUAAUCCGGUAAUUCGAUCUGACGAGUCAGCAAUUCCCUGACGUUGACCCAACACAUCACAUUCAUAUCCCACCGACAGCGAUUGUUUCAUCUGUACAAUAACGGGACCGAUUUUCGACAUCUCACGCGCACUCAGCAUACAUGAUACGAGAUUCUAUAUCAAAUUUGUCGCAAAUGCGCAAAUGACCACUAUCUAUUGCGUUUCCUCUGCGGCCUAUCGCUAGUUACCUGCAGCGUCGUCUUCGGUAGAAGCGCAUCCCGCGAACGAGCCAUUAUGGAACAGCAGCAUCACAUGUCUUUUCCCCCGCCGCCGACUCACGAGAAGCACGGUCUCCAACAAUCAGAUACCCGACACUUAUCGCCGUCGUCCGAUCCAACAGCAGUUAUUUUCGAUCGAUUUGACCGGUCCUUUAAACUUCCAUUGUAUCCUCCACCAUCUUAUGCGCAAGCUCACGAUCCCGGAGGCUUAAGGUUUCCCGAUCCCCCAAAGACGGAGCUCGCUCCGAUCAAGUUAUUGAAUGCGCCGAGUUACGACGACCUCAAACCCAGCAAUACCCACCUCCCUUCCCUAUCCACUUUAACAGCUUCAUCUAAUCCUCUAUACACCCCGCCUAACCCUCCAGAGCCAGCAUACUCUCCUCCGGCGCCGCCGCCUCUUAGUCACUGGCCGAGUCUUAAUCCUCUUACCGCAUAUUAUAAUCCGAGUCAUGCGCAGAACGCCGAAUCGCCCUUGCGCAUGGACGUAGACACGAGUAGUAGCAGCGGCGUGAGUGCUCCGUCGCCGGAUCGCUUCCAGGAUGGGAGGGCCAGUAGCGUCAGCCUGGAUGAUCCAGAUGUACGGAUGGCUGCUGAGGCCCUGGGCGAUCUGAGAGCAGACUUUAUCUCCUCUCCGUCGAACAAGCAUGCACCCACGCCUGGUUCGCCAAGUUCACAGGCGAACGGGUCACAUUCAGAACCACUAAUUUCGCUACUGACUACAUCCCAUCCCCUACUAGCCACGACGAUCGAGGGAGCUACAUCCGCAUACGUUAGCUCCAAGAACUAUUCUCCGAGAUUCAAAUCGAGUGCCGAAUAUGUAGAGGGAUAUGUCAUCCCUAUCGCAAACACGGUGGGGUCCGUUGGCCGCGUAACUGGCGUAGAAGGUGGUGUUAGAUGGUUCUUGGGCGGCGGAAGAAGACACAAGUCACAAAGUUCCGAUAUCGAAUCUGCUGACAUGGGCUCCAAUAAGCGCCGGAGGGUUGACGGGUCCGGUACUUUCAAAGAGACCACGCCAGAACCUCCAUCUGGCGCGCAGACUCCGAGAGCUUUCUUCGACAACCCACAUGAUCGUCGACUCUCGGUCGCAAGCACCGUAGAUACACUGCCUGCUUACGAUGAGCUGCGAUCUCCGCCAUAUGCCGAGCAGUUUGCGCCAUCCGAGACGCGCUCGAAUAGCGCGCCAUGGCAAUCACGUCUCAUCAUGUCGACAUCUGGUCUAAGUAUCGCCAUGAGCGAGGAAAGCCUACGUAGUCUGAAGUAUUGCCUUAGCUGGCUUCGGUGGGCCAAUGUUCGCAUUGGUAACGUUAUCAACGCCUUGAAAGCCACCAUGGAGAAGUAUGAGAAGUCUGAAGCCGGACCAACCGAGGGCGAUCAUCCGAUGGGUGGUACAUCGUCUACUGGUGAACAAGCUGAUAGGAAUCAGCUCGCGGCCAAGAUAGCAGAACUCAGGAUGGACGUACUCAGGACGCUCCAGGAUGUUAUCAACACAGUCAGCAGAUACGCAGGCGGUUCCCUGCCAGAGAACGCGCGAGAGCUUGUUCGACGUCAUCUGACGAGCUUGCCUCAAAGAUUUAGGGUCGCAAGCAUGGCCGGCGAUGGCGAACGGGAUGGGCACCGUGCAGAGACUGACGGGGAGGAGAGUCGAGAAGCGCAGGAGAAGGAGACGCGCGAGAGUGCUCAACGAGUGUUAGUCCUUGCUAAGGAAGGCCUCGACAUGAUGUCUCAAGUAUCCGGCGUUCUUGACGGCACCAUCGUCAGCGCGGAAGAGUGGUGCGAUCGAUUAGGCAGGCGAAAGCGGGAACAGCGAGAAAGUCUCCUCGGGGCUGCCCCUGUUCCUCAAGCACCUUUAGAUGAGGUAAAGAUUGGCUGAAAGGCAUGUAGGUAAAAGGUAUGAAAAAGUCCUAAGGCGUUUUACGGGGAAGACAAAAAAGAAAGAAAAUGCACAUAAAAUCGCAGGAUAAAAAAAAGGUUAUGAGG